AUGUCGAGGACACGUCCAAAUCCACUCCCUAGGCGGCUACGUUCGACUCGUUUUUACUCUGCACAGGCUUCUCCCAACUCCAACAAUUCUCCCCCUCCUCCUCCUCCUCCACUGGGCGAUGAGAUCGUAACUGAGCAUGACAAGAGCAAGAACUUGGCUAGGUGGGGAAACAGGCAACUCGCAAACAAGGAAUUCUUCACCAGCUUGCUGAGCUCGGCCGCAACCAAACGAGACGCGAAGGCCUAUAUCACCAGACUUCAGUCUCCAAGAAAGACUCUCGCCGGCCCCAAGAUCUCUCGACAGCCUGCUCCAGCAAAACGAGAUCCUGCAGUCAAUGUCGGCAAUCUUUUUGGGCGGAAUAGGGCUGUCGAAGAAAGCCCAGUGUUUAGUCAAUUUGAGGACGAUCUGUUGCAACCCCUCGAAGAGCAGGAAACUCUUCAUGUUGCUAUAAUCAAACUUAGUGGUGUCCGCUCUAUGGCCGAUGACAUCCUCUGGGGCAUUUCUCGGACGCUUGCGUCUCUGGCUCGAUUGAGCAUGGCUCCAUGUGUGGUCUUGGAAGAAUCAGGUGCCGGCGACGAGCAAGCGAGGCGAGAGGAGCUCGUUCGUUCGGCGGAUCGGCUUGUAAACGCCCUCGAUCAAGUCAGUGACGCGGGAGCCCGGAGGCUUGACCAUUUAUUCAGUUAUGGCCUGAAUGGUCGACCUGAAGUGUUCCUCCGGAAGCUUCUGACUCGUCCUCUCCGCCGAGGACGAAUACCAGUGGUUUUACCAACAGCAUACUCCGAAGUCCGACAACAAGUCGUGCCUAUCAGCGCCGAUGAGGCUCUGCUGGCCAUUACCGGAGAACUUGCGGGCCUCAACUUCACACCAGGAAUCGACGAUUCCCCUGAGGCGGCUUCACAGAAAGCAGAUGCCAUUCGUAAACAGAUAUCUGUGGACAGGAUAAUUGUCGUGGACGAGAGUGGUUCGAUACCAAGCACCAAAACCCCCGACCGAAAACAUGUUUUCAUCAACCUAUAUCAGGAAUAUUCGUCGCUUCAAGAAGAAUUAAGAAGCUCCACAGAUGGCGGCGUCUCAAAGAAACAUGCCUCGAAUCUCAAAAUUUUCAGGGACGCUCUCGGCUUGUUACCGCAUACGUCGUCAGGUUUACUUACGACUCCAUGGGAAGCAGCGAACACACCUCGAGCCGAUGAUAAUACUGCUUCCAAUGUGGGCACAAGACGACAGAAGAAUCCUCUAAUUCAUAACUUGCUGACCGAUAAACCGGCUUACUCGUCGUCAUUGCCCUCGGGGCGCCUGGCAAAUGACAACCAUACAGCAUCGUCAACCACCUCGACGUUCAUCAAGCGCGGAAUGCCCUUGAUAAUCUUGCCCAACCCAGCAGCUCAAGUCUGGACCGCUGCAAGUAAGCCUCGACUGAAAUUGACUGACCCAAGAAUCGAUCUUGAACGGCUUACAUACCUGAUCGAUGAUUCAUUCAAUCGCAAGCUUGACGUCGAAGCAUACCUCAAGCGAGUCAAUGAUCGAAUUGCCGGUGUCAUCAUUGCAGGAGACUAUGAAGGCGGCGCAAUCCUUACCUGGGAAACUCCGCCAGGUGCUUCCGACGACGACGCUUCACGAUUAGUGCCUUAUCUUGACAAGUUUGCCGUGCUCAAGAAGAGUCAGGGCGCAGGUGGAGUGGCCGAUAUCGUCUUCAAUGCUAUGGUAAGGACGUGUUUCCCCAAUGGUGUUUGCUGGAGGAGCCGCAAGGACAAUCCCGUCAACAAGUGGUACUUUGAGCGGUCUCGGGGAACUUGGAAAAUCCCGGAAACCAAUUGGACCAUGUUUUGGACGACUCCUGGCUUAAUGACCGGACAGAAGAGUCAGGCGUUCCUCGACUACGAGGCAGUCUGUCGCUCUGUCCAGCCUACUUGGGCCGAUGGGAAAAAAGUCGUAGAUUAA